UUAAUUACAAUAUUUUUUUGUAUUAUAUUUCACAAUUGGUUAUAGCUUUAUUACAAUAUUUCUUCUAAUAAUUAUUUUGCAAUAAAUUCUGAAUUGUAAAAUCAUAUUUAACAAUAAAUACACAACAGGACGAUAAUUAUGUUGUUUUAAUGAGUGAACGCGAGCGGUGACACAGUACAGCGGUGUCGCGUACAGGAUCGUGCGUAUUUUCCUCAACGGCGAGAACAAAGGGACCUUAUUUGCGAAUUUAUUUAACACUUUCCAACGACCGACAUACCAGCCUGUUGAUCUAGACACGUGAAUGGUGCAUAUGUGAAAACGAGACGAUGCGAGAGAUCGCGGCGCGCGUGUAAAAAAAUCGAAUGCAAAAAUGAUUAAAAGGAACGGUGAUAAUGUAUUUGCGAUCGCGUCGAGCAACAAUCAGUGUCAAGGCGGCCGGAGCUCUGUCUCGCUCUGUCCCGGCGCGGCCACGAGGAUCCCGCGAGCCACUGCCGCUAGAAUGACGCAGCCUGACGCGCAUCAAAACACUAAAGAGACGAACAUCGCUCUUUCGACUUACGUUGAAAAGUGGAAAAACAGAUACGAAGAAGCGGAGAGGAAGCACAAAACCUACCUCCUCAAAUCCGAAAAAGCAAAACGGGAGCAUGACGACUUGCAGCGAAGGUACAACAUCGUCACUGAAGAGCGGAACCACCUGGAAGCUGAGCUCAAUGAUAGGGAGAAAGAGCUCAACAAGCUGCGUGCUGUGUCGGAGAAGCUGUUCAAAGAGUACCAGCAGCUCAAAAACCAGCAUGAAAUCGAUACUGGUGUUAUGCAAAAGGUUAUGCAGCAAGCUGGCGAGUGGUACAAACAGAACAAACAGCUGAAGAGACGAAGCACUGCCCUUCUUCACGCCCUGCCGGCCACCGCUGUCGACAUUGACCUUACCGAUGCAACUGACACGGCGUCGGACGCGAGCAGCAACGAGGAGGUGGAGUUCCUGAAGCGCACGGUGGGCGAGCUGUCGGCGCGGGUGGGCGCGCUGCAGGCCGACGCCGGCGCCGCGCGCCUGGCCGAGUUCGAGGCGCACGAGGCCAACGUGCAGCUCGCGCAGGAUCUCGAAGUAGAAAGAGAGAAAUGCAGCAAACAGGAGAAAGAAUUGCAUGACCUGAGGAACCAGCUCGAGAGACACAACCGCGUCUCCAAGCUGCUGAUGGAGGAGAUGGGCGCGCUCAAGGACAACGCAGACAAGGACAGGCAGAUGGCGGAAACAUACAAAUCUGAGGCCCGCGACGCGAAGAAGCGCGCGAAGGUGUUGGCUCACCAGAGCGCUCUGCUGAUGGGGGAACUGGACACCGACGAGCGACUCGGCCUGCUGCUGGCCGAGGUGGACAGUCUGCGGGACGCGCUGGAGAACCAGCUCUGCAGGCACAAGGAACAGCUCGAGGACUUGCAGUUAAAAUUAGCGGAGAAACACGAAGACACAGACAUUCUGUUAUGGGAGGAGAAGAUAAAACUAGCGGAAGAAGACGCGCAGAAAGCGUUAGAGCGAGCGGAGAGGGCGGAGAAGAAGCUCGCUGAGCUGGAGAGGAAUAGACCUCAGAAGAAGUCCAACCUCAUGUCGAGGAUAAGCUACUUUGAAAAUGGAGGGAACGAGAAGAAAGAGGAGACGAUCAGAGAAGUCAAAGAGGAAGCGCCAGAGAUAGUAGAAGAGCUGAUUAUUGAUCCAGCAGUAGAGCGUCCCCCGCCCCCCGCGCCGAGCCCGUCGCCGCCCCCGCCCCCCGCGCCGCCCGCGCCCCCCGCGCCGCCCUCGUGCGCGCCCCCUCCGCCCCCUCCGCCCCCGCCGCCGCCGCCGCCGCUCCCCACUCCGGCUGCAGCCAACACGUCGGCGGCGGAGGCGAUGGCGGACCUGCUCGCCAGCAAGGGAGCCACGUUGAGGAAGACGAAGCAAAACGGAGGUGGAGCAAUAGACGCGAUAGUAGAUCAGAUAAAGGGCGGAAAGUUCCACCUGAAGUCGACGGACCAGAACUUCAUGGAGAAGAAGCCGAAGGACGAUCAGCCGGAAGCGGUCAAAGAGAUGUUGCAAAUACUCGGCACGUUGAGAAAGAGGCGGAACGUCAACCGGCCGAACAUUGUCGCCAGCGAACAGGCACCCUGAACAUCGGCGGUAGGAGAUUGUCAGGAAAAUUAUUUUUGGCAGAAUAGUGCAGAGCAAAGUCUUAGUUAGAUUUUUUAUAUCUAGAAAAUUACACAUCAGUCUCUGGUCCAGUAAAUAAUUACUAUGGAAUUUAUUAUAAACAAAACAUUUUUUAAAUUUAUAUAGAAACGUUUUUUGACGACAUUUUUAAUCUGUAAAAUUAAAACAAAUGUUAAAAAACUUACAUAUAAAUUAUCGUAAUUCCAGAUUAUGGUGAAUAUGCUUUCCAAAUCUUGUUUCAACAUUGAAUUGAAAAAUCUUAAUAUUUAAAUAUACAAAAUUAUAUAAUGUUAGAAUAAUUGCAUUUUUGGAGAUAAACAUAGCCUUAUUUUAAGUUAGCUCAUGAUGUAUAUGAAAAAACGACUGUAUUUCAAAUAAAAACUUAACUAUGUUCAAUAUCAAUGAAAUCAAGAUUGAACCACCUCGCCGCUAUUCGGAUUAUGUAUAUUGAAGACUAACUAAUCUUGAAGUCGGUUAUAAAUAUCGAAAUCGGAUCUCGCUAGUAUUUUUCAAAUCUUUCAUUAAGUCUAGAAAGUUCACUUUCUGUCAAGGCAUUGACAAGCGGUAUCAUGGUGGUGACUACCCAGAGUUGACCGUCGCGGGUAGAUUGUUUUUAUUGAUUAUAGUCAAUAUAUUACGGAACUCAAUACUACAUAUAAUUAUUAAGUUUAAAUAAACGAGGUAUUGUCUCUGUGUAGCAUAAACUAUCUCCUUCGAAUGUAGGUAUAAAUUAAAAAAUAUAAAUAUAUUUUAUUAUAACUUUUGUUUAUGAAUUUUUUUUUUAAAUUUUAAUAAUCUAGCUUAAAAUAUACGAGGUCAUAACCAAUAUUUUAUAUACAUUUUAUGUAAAUUGAUAACUUAAAUGGAUUUAUUUUAAAUAUAUGUAAAGUAAUAUGGCGGAUUUUAAAUAAAAAAAAUUAACAUUUAUUAACUGCUAUUAUAAUGCUCAUAUAUUUGUAUGUCGACUCUUUUACUGUGACUGAUGUUAAAUAUAAUAUUGACCUAUUUUUUAAAGUUGCCUUUAAUGCAAGUAUUUUAUAUGAUAAAGAGAAUAUUUUUCGAACAAAUUAACAAAACGUUUGGUCUAUUUCAAUAUAUUAUAUACAGGCUAAAUAUAUAUAUAUAUAAAUAUAUUAUAUUACAAAAUAUCAAUAACAUAUAUAAAUAGUCAUUGGAAUAUCUGUUAAGGAAACAUAAUGACAGUUGAUAUAUAUAUAUAAAAAAACAAAUUUGUGCUACAAUUCUAUUGAAAUAGAUCAUAGUUCGUUGAUUAUAAACUAGUUGAUAAGAAUACGAUUGAAAUUGUGAUAUUUUAUAAAUAAAAUGUAUUAAAGUAAUGAAAGUUUUAACGACGCCAUUAUAAUAAAUAAUGAUUUCUAAACUGUUGAUAUGAUGUGCCUUACAUACAUUUAACGUUUCAGAACGAACUGUCGAAAUGAGACAAUUAUUUUAUACGAUUAUCGUCUUUAAGUAGUUAAUAUUAAGAUUGAAAUUAAAUUGUAAGGUUGCAGAAUUAAACACGAUAAGUGAUUUAAAUUCUAGUUCAUGUGUGGUCAGUUGGGAAAUGUGGAAUGUUAACUUGAAAGUAGUGCUGUCUCGUUCGUCGAAUGUCGAAUCAAUUAUGAGAGGAAGAGAGAAAUCUAUGUUUAAAAUGCUAAAUGAUUAAUGACAAAUAAAAAAAAUGUAAUUUAUUGUGUAAGUUUUAUUGUAUAGAUAUUUAUUAAUAAACGUUGUUUAGCGAGUGUGAGUUAUACAAUGCUAUCUUCUUCUUUCUAAUGUUAAGUCAAUAAUGAUAGAAAGGGAUAAAUGAGUUUCUUUUCACUAAACAGUCGCUAAGCAACUUUUAUAAAUAAGACCGUCAAAGUUUUUAUUUUCUGUAUUGUGUGAUUAAUCUUUCAGCAAAAAUAACUUUCAAAUUAAUAAAAAGGUUCCAUCGAAGUUUUAUAUACAUUUCUAAAUAAAUAAUAAAUUGUUGAAAAUUAUAUCUGUAUUUAAAGAAUGUGAUAUCAAAAUAAGUAUUUGAAAUUUUCAAACUUGCAUUAAUUUUUUUUGGAGAAGUUCCUUAUGUUACACUCCGGAUACAUAGACGAGUAUAUAUGUAGUAUUUUAUUACCAUUUCUCAUUACUUACUCUCAAAUGUAAUAAUAUUGACAGAGAAAGGAACUUCCUUCUCAACUCCCACAUUUGUUUUUAAUAUAAUUGGAAUUAUAUUGCAUCGAUGCUGUACUAUUGUUAUUAGUCUUUGUAUAUACAAAUAUACUAUUAACUAUUAACAUAUUAAUUGUCACCAAGUUGACUGUCAUAGACCUUGCUCACACACAGCCUGGGGGCGGAUUGAUAAUAUCGUAUGAAAUAUAUCGAGAUGAGUUUUAGACAAUUUUUAGUACUUUUCAUAGUUUUGACAUAUUCCUAACAUAUAAGACAUCCUUGAGACUUUAUCCUCUUACAAACAUAUUUAAUGAUAUAUGUUUAAAAAAAAUUCUAAAUAAUAUUGAUCAUAAAGUACCUUCUGGGACGAUUUCUGGUUGUGAAUGUUUGGAAAUGAGCUGAAAUGAUAUUAUUGUUGACGUCACGGGCCGCACGUCUCACGCCUGGCCGUUAGUUACCGUCGGUGCCAUUGAUAAAUUCUAUGGUAUUAGCAUUUUAAAGUAUUACUAGUUCUAGAGUUAAGGAUAAAUAAAUAAUAUCGACAAUU